AUGGGCCUCUCGGACGGCCUCGUCGUCUUCCUCUGCAUCCUCGUUGCAGGGAUCGUGGUCGCCGGCGCCGCUGCCAUGCAUCGAGUCUACGCGAGCCGCGAAUUUACCGCCGAGCUACCCCGGAUCCCGGACGACCAAGCGAACUAUAUGCGGACUGUACGCGCGAGGAAGUGGCCUCUCUUUCAGUACGAGGCACGUCAAGUCGCGCCGCCGUCGACGAACACCUCUGCCGUGUGA